UUUUGAAGGUGUGCCUUUUAUUUUGAAAAUGAGAUUUCUUGUUGGUGAGAUCAUUUCCUGUUGUGCUGCAGUUACAGCCAUGUUAAAGAAGCACAUGUUGUAGUUACUACCAUCUCUAUCCAUCCAUCUUUUUGUUCGGUCAUGGGGUAUCGUCAUUUUACCUUUUCUUCAUUAAAAUCACCUGCCAAGUACAACACAUUGCCUGUUCAUUGGAGGAAAAACUUUUGAAGGAACGAGUUUAGCUUGCUGUUUCAUGUUAGUUGAGAACAGUAUAGUAAAAUGACGUCCUCUGAGAAGAAGAUGGUUUCAGAGAAGGAACCUCUGUCUGAAGUUUCAAUGAAUGAGACCCCAAAAACACAAGACAAUGCAAAGAUUGCUGAUGCAAAAUCACACUCGUCAUCUAGUGCACGUCGAUCUUUACGCUCUCAAAGAUCCAUAGUCAACGUGGCAGCUGCUACAGCACGGGCAGAGGCUGAGGCAGCGAAAGCCAGAGCCUCUUUCAUCAGAAAGGAAAUGAAGAUCAAAAUCGAAAAGGCUCGUCUUGAAGCAGAAUUAGAUGCGCUAAAGCAAGAAGCAGAAGCAGAGGCUGCAAUUGCAAAGGCCAUUGCUAUGGAAAAUGCUGCCAGCGAAUUAAGCUCUCACGGGAGCCGGCAGGACUUUGAGUCUUUACCAUCACAAAGUCCACAAGACAAAGUGAGUGAAUAUGUGGCAAGGCAUUCACAAAAAGAUGAUUCUAACCCAGAUGAGCCGUUUUAUAUAAACCAACAGGGGCCAUCCGCCUUAUUAACAUUGGAUGAAGAGCGCGGCUCCCUUUGCCAUGCAUUUGAGUCUCUCAGUCAUAAACCUCAACACCCUUAUGGAGAUUGUGAGAUGCCAAAACACUCGUCUCCUCAUCAGGCACAUCUCCAUCACUCUGAAUCAUAUCAGCCUGACGGCUACCAACAUACUCCUAAAUUACAUAGCCAGCAGCGUUCCAGUCAGCACUUUCAAAGCUUACAUCAAGAAAUCAAAGUAGAAGGAAGGCAACAAGUUGAUACUUCAGAUCAAAUAAAGCAGCAGAAAAUGUUCAGCCACUAUGCCUUUAAUCCCCUUCCUGGCCAUGGUUUAAAUAGCAACACAUCAGACUUAGCUAAGUUCUUGAUAAGAAGUCAGCUAGUUUCAGGGGGUUUAACCAAAUUUGAUGAUCAGCCAGGAAACUUCCUUGGCUGGAAGUCAACAUUUACAAGUGUUGUGAAGGGACUUGAACUUUCUGCUCACGAACAAAUUGACCUUCUCAUAAAAUGGCUAGGUCCCGAAUCGAGUCAUCAAGCUCGCAGGAUGAAAGCUGCCAAUGUCCGCCAACCAUUGGUGGGUCUGAACCUCAUUUGGGAAAGACUGGAUGAACUUUAUGGUGCUCCAGAAGCCAUAGAGAAGGCUUUGUUUGCAAAACUGGACAACUUCCCAAGAGUAGGCAACCGUGAUAACUACAGACUUCGAGAACUUGCGGAUUUACUGUGUGAACUUGAAGCUGCGAAGGAAGAUGGUUAUCUCCAAGGGUUAGCCUAUCUGGACACGGCGAGAGGAGUAAGUCCCAUCGUAGAAAAACUACCCUUUCAUUUACAGGAUAAAUGGAUGACAUUUGGAUCAAAAUAUAAGGAAGAUCACAAGGUACAUUUCCCACCCUUUUCAGUCUUUUCUGAAUUUGUAAGGAGACAAGCCAGGGCAAGAAAUGAUCCAAGUUUUUAUGUGACCAAUACAGUUGCACCCGCUCUAAAAAAGGAGAGAAUGGGGAAUCUCAAUUACAAAAAUCCUGUGUCUGUACAUAAGACAAGUGUGGAAAACAGGGAAACAACUAUGGAGAGGGAGGGGAACCAAACCGAAGACGUGAACACAUUAUGUCCCAUACAUAAAAAACCGCACGCGCUUAAGAAGUGCAAGAGCUUUCGAGCUAUGCUCUUGGAUGAAAGAAAGAAAUUCCUCAGGGAUAAGGGAGUGUGUUUUCGCUGCUGUGCUUCAGUCUCCCACCAGGCCAAGGAUUGUGGUGCUCCAAUCAAAUGCGCAGAGUGCGGAAGUGAACGUCAUGUGGCUGCACUGCACUUUGGUCCUGCUCCAAGAGGGUCAAAGGAGCUAACCUCUUACAAGGAUCAAAAGGGUUUCAAAGAGCAGAGCCCUUCCGAGGUUCAUGGCGGGGAGUCAGUCACCACACCGAAUGAUGAACAAAUCCUAGCGGCCAAACCAAUGUGUACACAAGUUUGUGGUAAGGGCUUCAAAGGAAAGUCGUGCUCAAAAAUAUGUCUGGUUAAUGUCUAUCCUCAAGGUCAUCCAGAGGAGAGUAAAAGGAUGUACGUGAUUUUAGAUGAUCAGAGUAACGUCUCGUUGGCCAAGACAGAAUUCUUUGACACCUUUCAGAUACAGGGACCACGAAUACCAUACAUCCUGACUACAUGUGCGGGAGUUGUCAAGGUGACUGGUAGAAGAGCUCAUGGUUACAUGGUUGAACCACUCACAGGAGAGCUAAGUAUCGCCCUUCCAACUCUAAUAGAGUGUAAUAAUGUGCCAAACAGCCGAACAGAAAUCCCAACCCCAGAAGCAGCUUACCAACACAGCCACAUGCGAGCUAUGGCUAACCAAAUACCUGCUCUAGAUGACACAGCAGACAUCUUGCUCCUGUUAGGAAGGGACAUUCUCCAGGUCCACAAGGUGCGUCGGCAGUAUAAUGGCCCAGACGACGCUCCAUUUGCCCAGAAGCACGAUCUUGGGUGGGUCAUUGUCGGUGACGUCUGCCUGGGUGGAGCCCACACCCCUACAGAAGUAAAUACAUUUAAAACAUGUAUCAUGGACAAUGGCCGUCCCAGUUAUAUGCGUCUUUGUGAGAACCUUGUCAAAAUUAAGGAGGAUUUCAGCCAGACUCUUCAGCAGAACAGUUCUCUAUCUUGGCUUCAUUCUCUAGAUCAACAAGAGGACCUCCUUGGUGCAACAGUCUUCCAAAGGACUGAAAGGGACAAUCAGUUAGCACCUUCAAUCGAUGAUUUGACCUUUCUACAGCUAAUGGAUAAGGGGUUUGUUAGGGAUGAAAGCGGCAGCUGGGUGGCACCCUUGCCCUUUCGAAACCCAAGGAAGCAGCUCCCUAACAAUAGACAGCAGGCACACCAACGGUUUGUGUCAUUAAAGCGAGCUUUCCAGAAGAGACCCAGCAUGAAGGAAGACUUCCUGGAGUUCAUGCAAGGGAUCUUGGAUAGCAACUAUGCAGAGUUGGCACCACCAUCAGAGGGAAGGGAGGUGUGGUACCUUCCCAUUUUUGGAGUCUACCACCCGCACAAGCCCGGUAAAAUCAGGGUUGUUUUUGACUCAAGUGCUCGCUUUGAGGGUGUUUCACUCAAUGAGGUCCUGCUUCAGGGGCCCAAUCUCAACAACGGUCUUCUGGGAGUUCUUCUUAGGUUCAGGAAGGAACCUGUUGCCAUAACUGCUGACGUUAGGCAAAUGUUUUAUUGCUUUCUGGUCCAGGAAGAGCAUCGAGAUGUUUUGCGCUUUCUAUGGUUUAAGGACAACAACCCUGAAAGUGAAGUGGUGGAAUACCGGAUGAGGGUCCACGUGUUUGGAAACUCCCCAUCACCUGCUGUGGCAUCUUAUGGGUUGAGGAGAACAGCACAGGAGGGAGAGAAGGAUUUCGGCAGGGAUGUCUGCGAAUUCAUUAAGAAAGACUUCUAUGUGGAUGACGCCUUGCGGUCCUUUCCAACUGAGGUUGAAGCAGUUGAUGUUCUAAAGAGAGCCCAAAAUCUGCUGGCAGGUUAUAACAUAAAGCUCCACAAGAUCACCUCAAACAAGGUCAAUGUUAUAAAUGCCUUUCCCAAAGAAGAUCGAGCCGAGGGUAUGAAGACUCUGGACCUUGCAGUUGACGACUUACCUAUUCAGCGCAGUUUGGGAGUAGUCUGGGAUAUGACAAAGGAUACAUUCACCUUUAACAUUCCCAAGCCUCAGAAACCCUUCACGCGCAGAGGCGUGCUCUCGACGAUCAAUAGUUUGUUUGAUCCUUUGGGCUUCCUGGCGCCUGUGACGGUCGAGGGCAGGCUCCUUCUACGAGAACUAGUCUCUCAAGGUACAGAUUGGGACACAGCUCUGCCCCCAGAGAAAUUUGAGAAGUGGCAACGGUGGCAGGACUCACUGCAAGAGCUUAAUGGUCUGAACAUUUGCCGCACCUAUGCUACAUGUUCACUGAUUGGGGCUAAAGGCACAGAGCUAUGCGUCUUUUCUGAUGCCUCGGUAAAGGCAAUCGCAGCAGUUGCCUACUUAAAGGUGGAAACUGACGAAGAACGCACAGAAGUCAGUUUCGUACUCGGAAAAGCCAAACUGGCACCUCUGGCAGAGCUCACCAUCCCGAGACUAGAACUCUGCGCUGCAGUGUUGGCCACAGAAAUUGCGGAUCAGAUCAGAGAGGAAAUAGGGUUUAAGCUGGACAGGAUCACGUUCUUUACGGACAGUAAGGUUGUGUUAGGAUAUAUAAAUAAUGAAUCUCGAAGGUUCUAUGUAUAUGUUAACAACCGUGUGCAGCGCAUCAGACAGUCCAGCCAUUCGAGUCAGUGGAGGUAUGUAGCCACUGAAAACAAUCCAGCUGAUCUCGGCUCAAGAUCCGUGCCUGCAAGCCAGUUGCAAGGAACCAGUUGGUUGAUGGGACCAAAGUUUUUGUUGGAACCAGAGAUGUCGCCAUCGAACAUUAUGGCCUUUGAACUGGUUAAUCCAGACUCAGAUGUAGAACUUCGUCCAAAGGUCACAGCGCUUUCGACAAAGGUCUCAGGAGAACAACUGGAUACUAAGCGUUUUGAACGUUUUUCAUCAUGGAGUAGACUGACAAGAGCUGUAGCUCGACUGUUACAUGUGGCACAAAGCCUCCGCAAACCAGCACAUGAUGCAGAAUGUGUUGGAUGGCAUUACUGCAAGAAAGGCAUUACAAGUGCUGAAUUAAUCAAGGCGGAACACACCAUCAUAAAGAGUGUGCAGCGUGAAGUUUACGCAGAAGAGAUGACAUGCCUUGAAAGGAAACAAGAUUUACCUGGGAAUAGUCCUCUAAAGAAGUUGCAUCCUGUGAGGGACAAAGAGGGUCUGCUACGUGUAGGAGGACGCAUCAUCCAUUCAAACCUGACGGCAGAUGAGACGCAUCCCAUCCUUAUCCCUGGCAAGCACCAUCUUGCUGUGUUACUUAUUCGCCAUCACCACGAACAUGUCAAACACCAGGGAAGGCACUUCACAGAAGGAGCUGUGCGUGGAAGUGGCCUAUGGAUAGUGGGAGCAAAACGAGCCAUCAGCAGCCUUAUCUACAAAUGUGUGACAUGUAGAAAAUUGCGUGGCAGGUUGGAACAGCAGCAGAUGGCGGACCUCCCACCAGAGCGCCUGCAGCAAGAGCCUCCAUUUACCUAUGUAGGCCUGGAUGUCUUUGGGCCUUGGGAAGUCAUGGCACGCCGGACCAGAGGUGGAAGUGCCAACAGCAAAAGGUGGGCGAUAUUGUUCACUUGUAUGUCCACAAGAGCUGUCCAUGUGGAGGUGAUUGAGACAAUGUCUGCUUCAAGCUGCAUAAACGCUCUCCGCAGGUUUUUCUCGAUCAGGGGACCAGCAAAGCAGAUUAGAUCAGACCGCGGGACGAAUUUUGUUGGUGCUACAAAUGAGUUGAAGCUUGCCACAGACGCUCAAGAGGACAGUGUCAAUGCAUAUCUACUCAGUCAAAAAUGCACAUGGGUCUUUAACCCCCCGCAUGCAUCUAACAUGGGAGGCAGUUGGGAACGCAUGAUAGGAACAGCACGGCGUAUCCUGGAUUCAAUGCUGCUUCAAGAAGGGAGGUCAAAGAUUACCCAUGAAGUCCUGUGCACAUUGAUGGCAGAGGUAAUGGCCAUAAUUAACUCCAGGCCAUUGAUACCAGUCUCCUCAGACCCGGAAGCGCCUCUGAUACUUACUCCAGCAAUGCUGCUUACACAGAAGAUUGGGACUCCACCAAUUCCUCCUGGGAACUUCACGGAUACCAAUCUAUUGAAAUGUGAAUGGAAGAAAGUUCAGGCGUUGGCAGACACGUUCUGGGCAAGAUGGAGGCUGGAGUACUUGAAUACACUUCAGAGCAGACAAAAGUGGCAUACCAAGAAGCCAAAUCUCAAGGAUGGAGACAUAGUGCUAAUAAAGGACAAACAAGCAAGAAGACAUGAAUGGUCAAUGGGAGUAAUAGCAAAGGCCUUUCAGAGUAACGAUGGGCUAGUUAGGAAGGUGGAAGUAAAGGUGACCUCCCACAAUCCCCCCAGGACUUAUCUGAGACCGAUCUCUGAGGUCGUUCUUCUUUUGGAGUCAGAGGUUGUUUAG